CUGACGACACCUAACCGUUCCACUUCUCUGGUACAUACAUUCAACAAUUCCUGUAUAUACUCUGCUUGAAUUUUAUAAAUUGACGGCUGUUUGGUAAUUUUUGGCGACGUAUUGUAAUACAUUGUACGUAUUCGAAUUAAGUUUUUAAUUUGAUAUCAUGGAGAGUGCUGCCGCAAGCAUUCUGCAACGAGCAGUUGACAUGGAUAAGAAGGAACGAUACACCAUGGCCCUAGUUUUGUAUCAGGAAGGGCUUCAAAUACUACUCGACUCUGUGAAAGAGGAAAAGAAUCCGUCGAAGCGUGAGCACUUUAAGGAAAAGGCGCUUCAAUAUAUGGAUAGAGCGGAGAGGAUUAAGGCAAUCAUCGACCAAAGGAAGUCUGUCGGCAAGUACAGAGAAGUAAUGGAAAUAGAAGACGGCUCGACGGGUCAUGGUUAUGUCAGUAUAUUUGGCAGAUUCUUGGAUCAUAUGGUAACGGACAUUAUUAUCGAGGAUCCCUACGUAAGAGCAUUCCAUCAGUGCCAGAACCUGGUUAGAUUAUGUGAACUGGCUGUACAAAAAUGCCGCUCACUUUCAAGAAUAUCUUUGGUAACUACCUGUGACCCUCAAGACCAACAAAACCAAUCAGAGCGAUUAAACCAAUUGAAGAGAAGUUUGGAGACAAGGCUCGUUCAGUUUGAUGUCACAUACGACAGCGCUCUACAUGACCGAAGAAUCAGGUUAAGCAACGGUUGGGUAAUAAAAAUAGGCCGUGGUUUAGACUACUUUAAAGCACCCCAAGGUAAAUGCGUCUUGGGCGUGUUCGAUCUAGAACUAAGACCAUGCCUCGCAACGACGGUUGACGUAUUCCACGAAAGCCAUGUACGUCAGACCUUCGAAACUUAAUCCAUCUACUUUGAAUAAGGACCAUCCUCCAUCCA